AUGUCGCUGAAAGCCCGCAUCGAAGACGACAUUGUACAUUCCCCCUAUCCCGGUGGUUCUGUACCAAAGAUUUCAGUCUGUCAGGCCAUAAAAGAUAGGCUGCUUCAACAAGGUGAACGGACUGCAUUAAUUUGCAAAGAAAAUAAAGUGACAAGUUCAGAGAUGCUGAAGAUGCUUCAUAAAUACGCCGCUGGUUUCCAACGCCACGGCGUGAAGCCAGGCGACAAAGUGCUCGUACACGUGGACAAUUUUCUGGAAAGUUUCAUUGCCAUGUAUGGAGUCGUGUUUGCUGGAGGCGUCGUCAUACCAUCUGAGCUGGCAUCAGAAGAAGACGAACUGCUGACAAAAAUAAAGGACGGAAAGGCCAGUCACGUGCUCACCACACCAAGCGAAGCCGACCUGCUGAAAGAGUUAACUCAAGACACGCAUAUUCGGGAACGCUUUGUUGUAGCUGACAAGCCUGGAUUCAUUUCGGUGACAAAUUUUAAGAACGUACCGGAAGAAUGUUUUAUUGACCUUCCAGUGGUCGAUGUUGAAAAAGAAGUGAUCGCU